AUGAAUUUUCUUCAAAAUUUUUUUCUUUCACUUAUUGUGUUGAUUUUGCCUCUACUUGUCGUCUGCCGUGUUGAAGAUCGUUAUGAUUUGAGUUUGUUGCCUUGGGAUUUGCGUCCAGUCCAACAAUUCAUCGGUCUGUGGCAAAAGGAGCGCCACACGGGAUUUUUCAAGGACUUGCCCCCUCCAGAUUUAAUCGACUUUGCCAUCAAUCCAAUACCUAAAUUUGGUGCAAGAACCAUCAACUUCACUCAUACUUAUUUUGAUGCUGAAAAGAAGGUAAUACGGUCGGACUAUGGCUUUAUGCCCGUCAAAAAUGCAACUCAAAGAGAUCCAAGAGUGCAUGUUGCCUAUUUGACUACGAGCAGUGAAGGUUGGUCAAUGAUGGAACAAGGCUUCUUCAAAGACGGCAAAUUAAUAUUCCACUUGAAACAAUUUUUGAGACGCACCUUUGGUGUUGGAACAAAAGGCUCGGAGUUGGAUAUACGCGAGUUUGAACGUCAAUUUGAAUUGCAUGAUUUCCACUCCAUGGAAUUAAAAAUAAGGGCUGAAACAUCAGUACAAACAGAAUCUUAUGUUGCUUAUUAUAGAAAAAUUCUUUUUUAA